AUGCGCAUGCACGCCGUUCUGAACCCCGACCGGGUCCUAAUUUGCUUCGUCUACGUCGGUGCUGCGGUCGAGAGCAUCACAGUCGCAGGUGCAGCAAGAGCAGCUGCAGCCAGAGGCGAUCUCGCCCAAUUGAAGUCCGGAGGGAAAUUAAUUGCCGCCGGCCAAGACCUCCAAGCUGUGGUUGAGCGCAUCGUUCUCAGUCUGGUGGUGACCUUCCGCCGCCGCGUCGCUCGAGCCGGGGACGUUCCUCGAAAUGUCAAGAUCGUCUGCUACACACUCUACGUUACCUCGACACUCGUUCUCAUGCGCUGCAUCUUCCGGGCUGUUGAGAACUUCGAGACGUUCAACCACCUGGCCUGUACUGCUAACUGCGGAGCUAUCAUUAGCGACGAAUGGUUUCUGUAUGCCUUUGAGCUGGGACCUAUGCUCAUUUUCACCUACUGGCUAAAUUUGUUGCAUCCUGGUCGCUUCUUGCCGCGCGAGAAGAUCCAGUAUCUGGGCGUUGACCGCCAGACGGAAAGUUAUGGUCCUGGGUGGGUAGAUCAUCCAUCUCGUCUAGCGACUUACCUUGAUCCGCUGAAUAUUGUUGGCUCUAUUAAAGGAGAGCGUUCGCAUGACCAGUACUGGCUUCGGGAUACCAAUUUCCGUGUGGCGGUUGGUAGCUUUGCUGCUGGAACUGCUUCUAAUAAGAAGACUGGCCAAACCCCAGGCUGGCAGAGUCGCUCUAAGCGGGAGGUGCCAGACAAAGUAUAA